AUGUGUAAUAGCCAGCAGAAACAAAAUAACAAGCUGAGAAGCAUCUUGGCGCUUGGAAACUUAGAAGGCGUUAAAAUGCGCCGAGAUAAAUACAACAACAUCACGGUUAUAAAGAACCCGUCAGUUCUAAAGGACUCAUACAUUGUUGGCAUUGAUGAGGCAGGGCGCGGACCUGUUGCAGGCCCGAUGGUAUAUGGCAUGGUCUACUGGGGGGAAGACCCAAGCAGCAAGCUGUACAACGACUCAAAAAAGGUAGGAAAGCAGAAAAGAGAGCAGCAGUACGCCGAUCUGUAUGCAAACAGCGAUGUUGGGUUUAUUAUAUGCUGCCUCUCGCCGCUCUUUAUAAGCAUGAACAUGCUGUGCAACAAGAAGGACAAAGAGGCCAAGUCCCUGGCAUCUGGCAGCUCAAAAAAAAAGAAGCUCAAAGAAAACCCCAAAAAAGCAAUUGUCUCGAAGGGAAUUAUGGCGUACUUGAAGACCAUUAAGGGGAAAGUAACAGAAGAUGUGAUUGAGUACAUGAACAAUGCCAUUCAGGUGGCAGAGCCUGAAUUUGUGUGCGCGCACCGGCUAAACCUAAAUGAGAUAUCGAUCGAGUGCAUCAUUAGCAUGCUAACAAGAUGCAUCUCAAUGGGGGUGCCGGUGAAAAACAUAUACAUAGACACGGUUGGAAACAAGGGGGCACUCCGCGAAAAAGUAGCAGAGAAGACAAAGCACUGCCCCACAAUAAAAAGCAUCGUGGUGGAGGACAAAGCCGAUUCAAAGUACCAGUGCGUUGGAGCAGCCAGCAUCCUUGCAAAGGUAACGAGAGACAUGUUUCUGGAAACUCCUGAAAUAUGGGAGUGUCUGUACAACAACACAGCGUAUCCGAAGCAUGCUGUGUCUGGAUACCCUUCGGACGUGCACACCAAGGCCUGGAUGAAGCAGGCCUUCGUCCCUCACAUCGGAUUUCCUCCUAUAUUCAGAAUUGGGUGGAAGCCGGUGCUUGACUUUCUUACAAAAAAAAGGCCAGAGGAUCUGACACCCCCGCCUCACGAAAAAGGAGAGAUGCUCUGCUACAUAAAAAAAGCUUCUAAGAAAGCAUGA